AUGAAGAUGCGUCUCGCACGAGGGAAUAUUAAGGAGUCGUCGGGUUUGCACAAGAAAGAGGAGGCCUUGCACAAGACGUUUAUCAAGGAGCUGCAGGUGAGUCGUAAGAUUACCAAGCAGAUCGUGGAGAAGGGUAGCGAUGCUAAAGACUCAGACAUUUCCUCGAGUGGGCUAAAAGUAAUCGAAACGCUGGAUAAGAUCUCAGAGCCUAGAGUACUCCCCGCAACUGUUCCACAGCUGGAUCCGUGA